AUGGGACUUUCCAAAAGCAAACACAAAUCUAGGAAAGGUGAGGAGAAAAAGAAGGGGCGCGGCUCUUCCCCUGCAAAGACUAAGGAAAGGUCGAUGGACAGGCGUUCUCAAGAGACCGAGAGGCCUCCAGACACCAAGGCUGCAGAGAGCUUCCAAGGGAAGAAGGGGGCAGCCAAGCGACAGUGGCCUCCUUCAUCUGAAGUCGAAGAGAAACCUGAUGUAAAGGUAAAGGCGAGCAAGAAGAAAGCUGCCAUUCCACAGAUCAUCAUCACUAGAGCCUCAAAAGAGACUCUAGCCAGCUACAGUUCCAUCGGAAGUGAAGAGCAGAGAACCAUUAAAGAGCAGGUGGAAUGGGGCCCCUACUCCCGACACAGAAACCCCAGUACAGUAGACGCCUAUGAGCUGCUGGCAGCUUGGCAGAGGGCAACAGUGACUCUGGCUCAGAGACUGAACUUCGUGGUACAGCUCAUGGCAUCACUGUCGCGCCGUCUACCUGACUCACCUCGUCCGCCAGCCUGCAGCGGGGACGGGAGGUCCGCGAGGCCCGAGCCCGACAGGGCCCCGCAGGUGGCGGGCGCUCCACCCGCAGAUGCCCGGAGCGCGGCCUCCCAGCCGCUCUUCCCGCACCUUUCGGACGCCCUCUGCUCCCCGCCCCAGCCUGGCUCCAGAGCCGCCCUCGGGAGCUCCAAGGGAGCCCCCCGCCCCUCAGACUUCGGCCUCCUCCUCCUCCGGCGGCCGUUCCUCAGCACCCCAGCCGCCUCGGGUGCCCGCGCUUAA